AUGGUAGUGCUGCUGGAAGCUGGUCCGCACUGUCAUACGCCCAGCUGGGCAAAGUUUGCGCUGCCAGACGCGGAGCAGUCGUGGCUAGCGAUUGUGGUCGUAAAGUCGAAUGGUCCGGGCUAUUACAAAGGUGGAAUAGACAAGAAAUUACUCAUAGUUCAACCCAAAAUAAAGGAGAGAAGACGCUCUUUCCCUCCGUUAACAGUUGACAGGACUGAGGUGAUUCGCACCUGCAUAAACCCAGUGUACUCGAAACUGUUUACUGUGGACUUUUACUUUGAGGAGGUUCAGCGCCUUCGGUUUGAAGUCCAUGACAUCAGCAGCAACCACAAUGGGCUGAAGGAGGCCGACUUUCUUGGUGGCAUGGAGUGCACACUUGGCCAGAUUGUUUCCCAGAGAAAGCUGUCCAAAUCUUUGCUGAAGCAUGGGAACACAGCAGGAAAAUCCUCCAUCACGGUGAUUGCGGAAGAAUUAUCUGGCAAUGAUGACUACGUUGAGCUUGCAUUCAAUGCACGAAAAUUGGAUGACAAGGAUUUCUUCAGCAAAUCUGACCCAUUUCUGGAAAUUUUUCGUAUGAAUGAUGAUGCAACUCAGCAGCUGGUGCACCGAACUGAGGUUGUGAUGAAUAACUUAAGCCCAGCCUGGAAAUCAUUCAAAGUAUCCGUAAAUUCUCUAUGCAGCGGAGACCCAGACCGCCGGCUGAAGUGCAUAGUAUGGGACUGGGACUCCAAUGGCAAGCAUGACUUCAUUGGAGAAUUCACCUCGACAUUCAAGGAGAUGAGAGGAGCAAUGGAAGGGAAACAGGUGCAGUGGGAGUGCAUCAAUCCCAAGUAUAAAGCCAAGAAGAAGAAUUACAAGAACUCAGGCACGGUGAUUCUGAAUCUGUGCAAGAUCCACAAGAUGCACUCUUUCUUGGACUACAUCAUGGGUGGCUGCCAAAUCCAGUUUACAGUAGCUAUAGAUUUCACUGCCUCAAAUGGGGACCCCAGGAACAGCUGUUCCUUGCAUUACAUCCACCCUUACCAACCCAAUGAAUAUCUGAAAGCCUUGGUAGCUGUGGGGGAGAUUUGCCAAGACUAUGACAGUGACAAAAUGUUCCCUGCCUUUGGGUUUGGUGCCAGGAUACCUCCAGAGUACACAGUCUCUCAUGACUUUGCAAUCAACUUUAAUGAAGACAACCCAGAAUGUGCAGGUAAAGCACAACAUGGGAAAAAGCCAGUAUCCCAGUCCUUCCCUUCGCACCUUUCCCAUUGUAGUUUCUCUUCACUGGUGUCUCAUGUUAGUUACAAUUGUCUGCAGCAGAGAAGCAGGCUUUCUGGAUCCACACUGCAGCAAUACUUCAUCCUGCUGAUUCUGACAGACGGCGUCAUCACAGACAUGGCCGAUACCCGGGAGGCCAUUGUCCACGCCUCCCACCUCCCCAUGUCAGUCAUAAUCGUGGGAGUCGGAAACGCUGACUUCAGUGACAUGCAGAUGCUGGAUGGCGAUGAUGGGAUUCUGAGGUCACCCAAGGGAGAACCUGUUCUUCGAGACAUCGUCCAGUUCGUGCCCUUCAGGAACUUCAAACACGCAUCUCCAGCUGCCCUGGCAAAGAGCGUGUUGGCUGAAGUCCCAAACCAAGUUGUGGACUAUUACAAUGGCAAAGGAAUUAAACCAAAAUGUUCAUCAGAAAUGUAUGAUUCUUCUAGAACACUAGCACCAUGAACUCCCACACAGUUUUACAGAGUUCUGAAAUACUACUCCUGCUAAUAUUUCAUAUUUAAUACUUCUACUCCUAUACUUUAAAAAGAAAACAACACAUACACAUUUAAAAAUAGCACGUUUUGGUGAUUUUUAACUAUCUGACAUUUUUUUUGCAUGUGUAGCCCUGAGGCCUGGAUCUGUUAAACCCUUGUAUUGUUAACUUUUUACAAAGAAAUACAGAUAAUAAUAACUUACUAUUUACAGCAUGUCGCCUUGAAAUAUAAUGGUAUCUGUAUCCAUUUUUUAUACAUGUUUGUUGAAAUUUUGCUAAAUUUCUUAUCUUUACACUCUAAAGCAUUUUGAAACCUUUAUUGAAUGUUGAUAGCCAAAAUAUACUUGGUUUUAUCUGCUAUAGGAUGAGAGACUUUUUAAAAUGGCAGAUGCAUGGACUGUAUUUUGCAUGUUUAAAAUAAAAAAAGAAAAACCCACACUUUUUGCAGUUGUUAUCUCUAAUUCCUCCCUACUGAGAAUGGUCUCUCUACUAACGAAGAGGUUUAUCCACCUCUUCUUUUUUGAGGUGGGUCUUUUUGAGGUAGGUCUGAAUCAUCUGGCCCAGCACCUCUCACACUUUACUGUGCACACAAAUAACCUGACAGUCUUUUUAAAAUUCAGAUUGUGAUACAGUAAGUCUCUGUGGGGCCCAAGAUUUUGCAUCUUUAACAAAGUCCCAGGUGAUGCUAACGCAGUCCCUGGACUACAUCAAGAGGAGUGAGGUUCUAGACUUUAGGGUGUCAUGAUGGAGACUAUCAAGAACAGGGCAGCUUCUAGUCUGCUUGAGAACAGCACCUCUUCCCGACAGUAGCAUAAAAGUCCUGCCUGUCUCAGAGGUGAGUAGAAAGUAAUAAGACUGACUCCAGAAGCUGCACACCUCAAAUCAGUCUCGCUGCUUUAUACUCACACCACUUCCUUAGGCAAGACUAGAAAGUGCUCUUCCUGGCCAGUCCCUGCCCUCUUAAAAGUGGCAUCACACAUCACUGCAUGGAUGGUGUCAAUCCCUAGAAGUGACCUCAAAGAGUCUUCACUGGAACCACAACAAUAGAAACUUACCCAUGGCAAAUGGCCAUGCAGUACAGCUCCCGAUAUCUGGUCCACUAAGUUCACCUUUGAGCUUAGUGUGGGAGCUUCUUUCUCCUUUCUGUCACUUCUGAGAGCAAACUCUAUAAGCAGAAAUCCCUGGAAUUACUGGAUGGAGGUGUUUUCUUUCACUAUAAGCUGGCCAGUCUGGAACCAAAAGAAUGAAUGUUUAACUUGUGUGAUCUUCUUGCAGAGAAACAGACAAGUGUUUUUGCAAGCAUAAAAGGCAAAAAGUGGAGUGUAUUUUUGGUCACAUAGAUGGAUAAGUAAAUCACAAGUAAACAACAAAAUUUGUUGUUUGUUUGAAGGGGGGAGCAGUAUUAACAAGCAAAUAAAAUGCCUUGUAUGAUUUCCAUAGUUGCAAUUGUAGAUCCUAAUCUUGCAAAUACAUGUUAACCAAAAGCACAACAUUUUGGGAAUGAUGGUAUAAUUGUAUAACUGAAACAAAUCAUAAAUAUUUAAACGAUAUUGUUUUAUUAAUAAAUUGAGUACUUACAGAAUUUUU